AUGCCCGGCUCAUCGCGCUUGCCCGUCAGUCUCCGAGACACUUUCAAUGCGCGGAAGAGCUCCGCUAAUGGCCAGCUCGUCGCCUUGAACAUCGACGUCCUGCGCAAUAUCAUCUUUGUCCUUUUCCUCCUCCGCUGGACACGCAUCACCUUCUACCAACUCAAAGGACGCGGCAUCUUCGGCUCCAUCAGCGAUGCCUACAUCAGCAUUCGCCGCUACCUCUACGGCGUCUUCCUGCGACUUCCCGGCGUGCGCGACAAGGUACAGGCACAGGUGUCUGAUUCGCUCCUAAAACUCGAACGCAAACUUGUUCCGAGCGGUCCCGGCGUCGAGCGCAUCACCAGUUUGCCCGCCGAAGGAUGGAGCGAAGAGGAGGUGCGCAAGAAGCUGGGCGAACUGGCUGAUAUGGAGCAUACUCGGUGGGAAGAUGGAAGAGUCAGCGGUGCGGUGUACCACGGUGGGGAGGAGUUGAUCAGACUGCAGACGGAGGCGUUUGGCAAGUUCACGGUUGCGAACCCCAUCCACCCGGAUGUGUUCCCUGGUGUGAGGAAGAUGGAAGCCGAGAUUGUGGCUAUGGUGCUCUCCCUCUUCAACGCACCAGACGAUGCGGCUGGUGUUACAACGUCUGGCGGCACAGAGUCUAUCCUCAUGGCCUGUCUCUCCGCACGCAACAAGGCGUACGCUGAGCGUGGCGUCACUCAGCCUGAGAUGAUCCUGCCUGAAACCGCACACACGGCCUUCCGCAAGGCUUGCGAGUACUUCAAGAUAAAGAUGCACCUCGUGGCAUGCAAAGCACCGAGCUACAAGGUCCACCUACCCUCCGUCUCCCGUCUCAUCAACCCGAACACCGUCCUCCUCGUCGGCUCUGCGCCCAACUUUCCCCACGGCAUCAUCGACGACAUCUCCGGCCUCAGUAAACUCGCAGUCAAGAAGAAGAUUCCCCUCCACGUCGACUGCUGUCUAGGUUCCUUCAUCAUCCCCAUGCUCCCCAAAGCAGGUUUCGAAUUCGAGCCCUUCGACUUCCGUCUGCCCGGUGUAACCAGCAUCUCCUGCGACACGCACAAAUACGGCUUCGCGCCCAAAGGAAACUCCACAGUCCUCUACCGCUCCGACGUAUACCGCAAGUACCAAUACUUCAUCUCGCCUGACUGGUCCGGCGGCGUCUACGCAUCCCCCUCGAUCGCUGGCUCGCGCCCCGGUGCCCUAAUCGCAGGCUGCUGGGCCAGUCUCGUCAAGCAAGGCGCAAACGGCUACCUCGACGCCUGCCACAAAAUCGUCGGCGGCAUGAAGAAGAUCGAAACCGCCAUCCGCGAGAAACCUGAGCUCUCCGCCGAUCUCAAGAUCAUCGGUCGCCCUAUGGUCUCCGUCGUAUCUUUCCUGUCCAACACCCUCGAUAUCUACGACAUCGCUGAUGGCAUGUCCGGUAAAGGCUGGCAUUUAAAUGCGCUCCAGAACCCGCCUGCUAUUCACAUUGCUGUCACGCUGCCGAUUGUUGCGGUGGUGGAUAAGCUUAUUGAGGAUCUGGUUGAGGUUACGGAGGAGGUUAGGGAUGCUGAGCGGAAGAGGAUUGCGGAGGGUAAGGGCGCGAAGGGCGCCGUUAAGGGGGAUACGGCUGCGUUGUAUGGUGUCGCGGGGAGUCUGCCGAAUAAGAGUGUUGUUGUGGAUUUGGCGAAGGGGUUUUUGGAUACUUUGUAUAAGGCGUGA